AGUUUAGUCCGUGGGCAGGACUCGCAUAAUAAUAUUUCCAGUCCCAGCAGCUCACAUCACAGACACGAACCCAGGACCGCCCCCCCUCAGUUUUUUCUUCCCAAUCUCCCAAAUCGCUUUAUUAUUAUUUUUUAAAUGGUCGCGCUUUUUGCCCGCUGCUCCCGCUGCUGCCGAAAUCCCCGGCUUCCCAGGGUGCAUGCUUCUGGCAAAACCGUGCAGUGUUCUCAGUCCACUUUCAGUGUGUCUUAUCUUAAUUUGUCCUGAUCCGAUCUAAGCGCGAUAGCCACCACUUGCUUUCAAUUUGUAGGAUUUUUUCCCCUUCUCGGUUCGCUCCGGCUACCCUCGGAGUGUUUCCCUCUCUGCUCGCAUUUCCAGGGUUGCGAUCUACUACUCUGCCUUUACUUCUUCUUUUUUUUUUUUUUUUUUUUUUUUUUUCUUAAACCUCCCCUCUCUUGAAUUGCUUCAUGUUACUAACCAUUCCUAAAUUGUAGGAGAGCUCCAUUCCCCCUCCUCUCCCACCACCACCAACACCACUACCACCAUCACCUCCUCCUCCUCCUCCUCCCCUUCUCUUCUCCUUUUUGGCAGCACCAGGACGUCCGGUGUGGUGGUGGCAGCGAGCAGCAAAAGCAGCAAGAGCUCCUUUUGAUUCCCCCCCGUUCCAAGGUGCUUUGGAGAGACCCGGUUCAAAGCUGAGCGGCAGAAGUCACGAUGAGUGCACAAGGUGAGGGACCCGGUCAGCCUUCCACUGCUGCCCAGGAGCAACCUGCAACCGCAGAGCCUCAGAAGAGAGGACGAGGCAGACCCAGGAAGCAACCACAAGAACCAACUGGUGAACCAUCUCCUAAAAGACCAAGAGGAAGACCCAAAGGAAGCAAAAACAAGAGUCCCUCUAAAGCGGCCCAGAAGAAAGCAGAAGCCACUGGUGAAAAGCGACCCAGAGGGCGGCCCAGAAAAUGGCCUCAACAAGUGGUUCAAAAGAAGCCUGCUCAGGGUAGAAUGGUGGCAACUGCAUGAUGUGGUUUCCAGAGGAAGACAUUCUCAGUCUUCUUUUACAGUUGGAAGAGACUGAAGAAACGUCCUCACAAGAAUCUGCAGAGGAAGACUAGGAUACCGCACCAUGCAAUUUCUACCUCAUCAGCAGUUGGGUCUUUUGAAGGGAGAAGACACUGCCUUGACCACUUAUUUUCUAUUGCCAUGGUCUUUCCACUUUUGCCUGGGGGAAAAAAAAUCGCAUGACCUUAAAAAGGAUUUGACUAAUCAUCUUCUUUGUAAUCCCUUCACAGUCCCAGGUUUAGUGAAAAACUGCUGUAACACAAUGGGGACACAGAUUAACGAUGCAACUUUUAAUUACUGAUUUCUUUUUUCUUAACCUACUAAUAGUUUGUUUGAGCUGCUAAGUAAGGGUGACUGGGUCAAGAAGAGCUCCAAAUCAGGUUUAAGUCAUUCACUGCACUGCAUAUAAACAAGAAACUUGUAACAUAUUAAUUAUAAUGGGCAUUGAAAUAGGAAAGGCUUGGUGUGUAACACUAGGCCUUGCAACACUUCCAGCAACCCACUCCCUACUUAGUGAACUCCCUGUUUUAGAACACCAAAGAUAAGGGAUAGAUACUACUUUUUUUUUUUUUUUUUUUUUUUUUUUGGUAACCUUCUUGUAGACUUGUACUUGAUUUAUUUUUUUUUUAAGACUUACUGUUAUUUCAGGAAAAAAAAAUGAAAGCUGAUCUCUCACUUCAUUCAGCUGGUAAUCAGAAGAAAGAAAGCAACACGAAAAAGGUACUUUAAUUUUGCAAAAGGGAAGAAAGACAAAGAUACGUUGUAUAGUUACAGAUACAAACAUAUCAGCAGAAGUAGUAAUAAACAAAACGAAGAGCCCUUACCUUCUGGACAACAGGAAGUCCGACAGAGUUGGCUCUCUGUAGAGCCAGGCGUUUUCUAUGGAAACAGAAAUGACUGGCACCAAACACUUAAGCCAUUAAUGACUAAGUCUUUAUCAAGAAAAGUGUUUUAAAACAUAUAGAAAGGUACCUUGAAAUUAAUACUGAAUUUGUCUGAACAAUAAUCCAGAUGUUUUAGUAGUUUCAACUAAUUUCACUCACCCCGCACCAGGUUUCAAACAAAACGAAUCUCUUCUCAUUACUCAUCAGUCAUGAUGUAAGAACCAACACCAUGUACCUCAGCUAAGCUUGUGUAUUGCUUUAAGCAAUGUAUUUUGACAUAGGAUGGUUCACUGAGCACCUCUGUGCCGGUGGCGUUUCUCCAUCUUUUCAUUCAAAGCAGCACUUUUAGCAACAGAUGCAAUAUUACCCCACUAUUCAAUACUACCUCUGAUUUUUACAAUUAACUCAACAGACUGAUAAAUACAUGCUGCUAUACACAUUCAAUGCAGGAAAUUUUUACUGGGUAGAUAAUCACGAGUAUCUGCAUUUUCCCCUUAUUUCUACUUCAACUCUUAAUUGCAGUUAAGGAAGCAAUAUCUUUAUUGUGUUUCAGCAUGACUAUGUAUUUUUCUUUCUCCUUUUUUUUUUUUUUUUUUAAUAUACUUACCCUAUUCUCUGCUAGACUUCUGUGUAAUGUACUGUUAACUUGAAUAUAUUUUUGUACUGAAUUGCUGAUAGGUUUGUAAGGAUAAUUUUCUUCAAUGACACUACAUGACAGAAAAAAAAAUUUAGCUGUAAUGUUUAAAUAUUACUGUCCAAGUUUGUACCUCAAAUGAAUUGUUUAAAGAAAUGGACUAAUUGAUUGACAAAGACCUACCUCCAGACUUUAAAUGGAAUGAACUUGUUACUUUCAGCAUUAGUUUUGAGACGUUUGAAACAGUUAGGACUGCAACUAAUCCCUAAUUCAAAACUAUUUUUGUAAAAUAACUUGUGGAAAAUGAACACAUUUUAAAUUACUUUCGUAUUAAAAAAAAAAAAAAUGAACAAAAAAAAAACCUUCAAAGAAACUUGAAGCUUUGUAGGUGGGAAGCAACAAGCUCAGCUUUUGCAUAAUGCAAUCACGAAUAUGUGUUUAAAAAAAUAAUUAGUAGAUUGUAAGAAAAUACUUGACAAGUAUUUUCAUGUAUUUUACACAAAUGUGAUUUUGUAAUAUGUUUCAGCCAGAUUUAUUUUAAAUGCUUCUUAUGUAGAGGUUUUUUAUUCUCCUCUCUCUCACUCUAUUUUUUCCCCCUUUUUUCCUCUUUCUCUUUUCCUAUUUCAUUUUCUCUCUUUCUGUUUAAUUUUCCUUCUUCCUCUCCUAGUCAGUACUUUGUAACAUUGUAUUAAUAACUGGGCCAGGGGUAGGUUCUCAGGAAGGCGUCUGUUGGUAUGGCUUUAUUAGCAAGCCAAACGCAGUUAAAGAUAACUACUUGCUGGCUUCUUCCAAGAGGCAGUGUCAAGAACUGCGGACCUCCUCAAAAGACUGCAGAGGGUUCAUUGUCGGAGAUCGCUGAGAAAGAGCUGAUCGGAGUGUUAAAAAUGAGACAUGUUGAUAUUAAGUGAAUGGGAAAUAAUCCCAGCUAUGCAGUAGCUCUAGCAGGCCAAAUCCAGCAUCACUUGAAGUCAGUAGAAGGAAUUCUGCUGACUUCAAAGGGCGUUGAAUCAAGCCUUAGCAAAUCCCUUUUUAUUUUUUAUUUUUUGCCUUUUUUUGAAACCACAGUAUUCAGCGGAUGACACAGAAAUAAUCGCUCUGUGUGUGUCACACUUCAACCUCCGAGAGACUUACCACUCUGAUGAACUGAAUCUUGUAUUUUCUAUAUAUUGUAGUACAAUCAAAACACAUUACUACCUCUUAGGGCCUACUAUACCUCAUUUUUUCAGACUGAAAAA